UUGAGAUAAACAUUUUUUUGGUGCAUUUAGAACAUUUCUGGGAUCUUUUAUUUCAGCUCAUGAAACAUAGGACCAGGACUUUACAUGUUGCGUUUAUAUUUUUGUUCAGUGUAUAAUGAAACCUGAGUUUCCUUAAUUUAAUACAUAUACUAAAAACCAAAACUAUUUAUCAUGAGGGGAAUUCCAUUUGCUCAUGAUUUUAUUUUUAUAUAUAAUUUUUUCAUGUACCUUGGCAGUCGGAAGGUAGACAAGGUGACAGAUACAGAGGGAGAAAGAGUAUAGGGAGCAAGGUGGAAUUUGGAACCCCGUCACUAGCUUGCAUGUGUGGUCUGGAGUCUGGCGGACUAACUAGACCAGACUCCGGCACCCAUUUGCUCAUGUUUUCCGUCAGUGAAAUGAUCCCCCCUCUCUCUUCCCCAUCUCUCCUAGGCUGAUCGACCCAUUUGAUCAGCUCCUGGUGGAACAUCGUCAUGACCUGACGAAUUGUCCCUUUCCUAUUUAAUCAUGAAUGACAAGCUGGUUUUUCUGGGCCUCCUGUACUUUGUGCAGGGGAUCCCCUAUGGUCUCCAGUCCUUGUUACUCCCUGUCUACCUCCGUGGGGCGGGCCACUCCCUCACCCACAUCGGCUUGACCAAAAUCCUCUACUUCCCCUGGGUGCUCAAGGUCCUCUGGGCACCCCUGGUGGACCGUGUGGGCACCAAGCGGCGCUGGCUGGUGGCCACGGUCUCUGGCCUGGCGCUUACUUGUCUCUCCAGUGCCGCUCUGGCCCCGGAGGCCCACAUCUGGGGAGUGGUGGGGACUCUACUGGCCAUGAACGCCCUGGCAUCGAUUCAGGACAUCACAGUGGACGGGGCCGCUGUGGGACUGCUGAAGGGCCGUAGCGAGCUGGGCCUGGGCAACAUGGCUCAGGUGGUGGGCUACAAGGCCGGCUCGGUGUUUGCCGGAGGCGGGCUCCUGGCUGUGAUUGACGUGGCUGGGUGGGGCCCUAUGUUUAUGCUGUUGGCCUUUGUGUACUUCGGGGUGGCACUGUUUGUGUUGGGGGCCCCCGUGCUGGACAAUGAGCUGUUGAGGGGCCAGGCAGAGGGGAGGAAGGGGGUCCAGUCGGACGCUGUGCAUCCCUGGAGGGUGUGGCGGAAGCUGAUGUCAGUACCUGGGACGCCCUGGACCAUGAUCUACGUUCUCACAUACAAACUGGGUGAGCAGGGUGCGGUGACCAUGUUCCCUCUCUUCCUUUUGGACCAUCACAUGACAGCCCGGGAGUUGGGGUUCUGGAACGGCAUGAUCGCCAUGUGCUUCUCAAUCUGUGGCUCCUCCCUCGGUGGCCUGCUGCUCUCCCAGUUCAGUAUUGGCUCUCUGAUGAGGCGUGUGUUUGUGAUGCGGACUGUCAGUAUGGUGUUCCAGAGCUCCCUCCUGACCGUGCUGGAACCUUCCCCGCUCAUGAAAGGUAUGGCCGUGUUGAGUUUGAGCAUUCAGCACUUCCUGGGAGGCCUCAUCACAACGCUCACUUUCACAACCAUGAUGCACUGCACACAGAGAGCGGAGGAGAGUGUACAGGCCACCCACUACAGUUUCCUGUCCACUCUGGAGGUACUGGGGAAGCUGAUGUUCGGUGCCCUGGCAGGGGGCCUGGUGGACUGGGUGGGUUUCCCCACUGCCUUCCUCCUUUUCCUGGUCCUCUCUGCCGGAACAGCCCUCCACAUCUGGAAGGCCACAGACACAGGGGCCCUCAGGGAAGAGCCCAAGUGAUCAGCUUUUUGUUCUAGCCCUUACUAACAUCAGAUCAAGCUACUCAAGGGGUCGAUAAUCAGUUGACUCGUUGAACAAGCUGUGUGAGUGUAGGGUUGGAACAAAAACCUCCACACCCUAUAGGUGCCCAGGACUAGGGAUGGUGAUCACUGAGAUUGAGGAGGAGGAGGAAGUAGUGUGUUGCAUGAGUGCGAAGCAAAUUCUGUCGUACGUCGGCGUCCUAGAAAAACUCUUAUCUCACUUUUUUUUAAACAUAAAUGGAAAGUUUCACAGAACAUUCCACUCCAUGUUCUGUGAAAGAUGAAUGAAUCUAGUACUAAUAUAAGUCAUUCAAAAAGCCAUGUGAAUUCCCAUUAAUAUAUGGCAACAACAACAUUGUUUCAGAUUCCUGAAAAGUAAACUUUUUUAUACAAGAUUUUUCCAGGACACUGAUUAGUAGCUAUAUUGAGUUGGGGGAUCGGAUCAGUAGCAUAAGGGAUAGGGGGGACAAUAAAUGGGAAAGCUGUUAAGGGGUUGUUGGAGGACAUACAGUACCAUCUGAGCCAUUUUCAUAUUUGCCAAGGCUGCAGUAAAAUGUAGUCCAGCAGUUCUACUUAGUCAUUGAUUAGCCUGCGAUGAAGGUUAUAUGUGUCAUAUCAGUUUCCUUUUUGAACUUGUUCUGUGGUGACGUUUAUGAAUGAAUCCCUACUACCUCUUAUCAACACUGUAAGAUAUGCAGAAGAGUCUAGUGAGCAGUAGAAUACAACAUUUGCUAGCUAGUGUGCAAUUUUGAUUAGCAGUAGCUUGCUUGAACCAUUACUCUGCUAGCCUAGGUUAGUUGUUAGCGCAAUUAGAGAACCAGGUCAGACUUUAAAUAUAUAGUCCGGAUUUUCCAUCUGUAGAUGCUCUAAAGAUGGUCAUACUAUCAACAAACUAUCUGUUGAUAAGCAACUGCUUGUUAUGGUUACUGUUAGUUUUAGGGUUAAGGUUAGGGUACAGUCUAAGCUUAGGGUUAUGAUUACGUUUAGGGUUAAGGUUAGGGUACGGUCUAAGCUUAGGGUUAUGAUUAAGUUUAGGGUUAAGGUUAGGUUACGGUCUAAGCUUAGGGUUAUGAUUAAGUUUAGGGUUAAGGUUAGGUUACGGUCUAAGCUUAGGGUUAUGAUUAAGUUUAGGGUUACAGCUAGGGUUAGUAGAUAGUUGAAAUGUUACUGAUGGUCUAUGUCUACAGAUGGACUAUCCAAAUAAAGUAUUACCGAUAACA